UUGUGUUUUGAAUUUACAGUAGUUACGAAAAUCAAAAGUUUGUAAAAACUUUUCAUGGUUUUUACGUACCUACUUUUUUGUUUGUCAUAGUUGAAUUAUAUGUUUGUAUUGUGAAGCAAACUUUAUAUAUCAUAUUAUUUUUAUAUUAUUAUCAUAUUUGUUACGUGAUAUAAUGCAUUAUGUACAGAAAUAUUUGGAUAAACUGCAAAUCCCUAAGGCAAACAAUACUCCGAUAAGUAAUGGAUGUAAAACAAAUAUCCUUUUGUACUGUAAUUACUACAGUUUCUAUUCUCAAAAGGUUUUAAUGGCUCUUUAUGAAAAAAAUAUUGAUUUUGAGCCUUUUGUGAUAGAUAUUACUAAAGGAGAACAAUACUCUUCUUGGUUCCUUGACAUUAAUCCUCGCGGCGAAAUUCCAGUUCUUAAAGUGAAUAAGUCUAUUAUACCAGAUUCUACUCGAAUUUUAGAUUAUUUGGAGCUCUACUUAGAACGAGAAACAACACCUCUAAUUGAAGUCUCACAGGACAGCAAAGUUUUAUUAACAAUAACCAAAUUUAGAGAACUCAUUGAAGCAUUGCCGGCUGGCUUGAUUACCGUGGGAUCAUUUUUUCAUCCUCAUCUCUGUGGAACUCCUAAAUUACCAUUUAUACUACCUGUUAGAGAAGUGCUGAAAAAUGGAGACCUGAGCAAUUCAAAAAAUCUAAGACGACUAGCAGAAGAACAUCCCAAGGCUAAAGAUGUGUUAUUAUAUAAAGCUGAAAUACAGGAUAGAAAAAAUGAAAUUAUUGCCAAUGAAGAGGAAUAUUUAAAAGUAUUAAAUGUGGUUGAUGAUGUUAUGGAGCAAGUUGAAAAACAGCUUAAAGAGCAAAGUGAAGAUAACUGGCUUUGUUCGGAAAAAUUUACCAUAGCAGAUAUAAAUUUAGCUGUUCUUCUUCAACGUCUCUGGGAAUUGGGGCUUGAAGAGAGAUUCUGGGCUAAUGGGAAACGGCCAAACAUUGAAAAUUAUUUUUCACGUGUAAAAUUACGUGAGUCCUUUAAAAAAACCAUACCUAAUUUACCAGUUCACUUAAAAAUGAUUAUAACAUCGCAGCCACCUCUCUAUGUGGGAGCUGCUGGUGCUGUUUCUAUUGGGUUUGUUUUUACCUUGGCCUACAUUUUCAAAAAACUUAUUCGUUAAGAACAUUAUUACAAUUACAAAACCAAUACAUAAAAUUAUUAUAAUUAUUUUUAUGUAUAUAUUGUAGCUUAGAAUCUGAAUAUAAUGACAGAAAUAUCUAUAAUUAUAUGUAUUAAAAUAUCAGCUUCCUAUACACUUUUUCAUAUAUACUUCAUUUUUACAAUUUAUAUGUUUUAUGAGUAUAAGAAAAAGCAAAUAUGAAGGUGAAGAUUUCUGUUAAAUAAUUGCAAAACAUUUGAAAAAUAAAUAAAAAAAUUUGCUGUAUAUAAUUGUAUAGUAAAAUAGUAUAGUAUUAAUUACUGUGGAAAUAUAUUUAUUACUUAUUUAAUAGUCUUUUGUUUUACUUUCAGUAUUGUUAUCAGUGUUAUAUUGUUCUUGCAGUAUAAAAAUGAGUAUAAUAUAUUGUUAAUUUUUGAUUAUAAUUCUCUUAUCUCUGUUAAAUAUUUGAUAAAGUUUAGAAAAAAAUAUUUUGUUCUCAGACCUAAUAAGCAGUUAAUGUGUUAAUCCAAACUUAGGAGUCUGAAGCUUGAGUUGUUUAAGUCACAUCAUCACAAACAUUUUUGAAAUAUUUAGUCAUAAAUACAAAAAUUCUUAUUAAAUAUUACAUUUCCAUAUGAAAUUCGAACGAUAAUUUUCGACGUAUUCAUAAGCUGCGAUUAGUGACGUCACACUACCGCACACUUACAUAAAACUGAAUUUUAAUAAAACAAUCUUUAAAAAAAAAUCCUGAAAUAUCGCGAUAACGAAAGUGAUUUAUAUAUGAUAAAAAAUUCUCAAAUCAAUCAGUAGGUAAUGAAAAAAUAACAAAUAUCGAAAGAUUUGAAAUGUAAAGCACUGCAUUCGAUGUGUGUUGUUCUUUGGUAUUCUUAAUAAAGUUACUCUUUAUA